UGUUGUCAUGCAGCUCCUCUGUGAUCAAAAUGCUGCUCCUCCUGCUGCUGUUUUCUGAUGUAUGGAUCCACUGACAGCUUUCCUUUUAGCUCUUUUAGUGUUUUUUUCUUUCUUCAAAUGCACAUAUGAAUCAGCACGAGCAACAAAUGUGUCACCGUUUUCUGAGCUAAAUCAGGAUUUUUAGGUUAGCCGAACAAGCCACUGCAGCCAUGGCCGACAAACUCAAGCGAAGUUUAUCGUUGUCCAAGAGCAAGAAGAAAGGUAAUGUUAAAACUGGGACCAACACCACUCCGACUCCCAUCACCUCUUUCUUCAGCAGCCCGCAGCCGUCUAAACUGGCCUGCCCUCUUUGCGGCCAGCUGGUACCCAGAUUCAAGAUUAAUGAGCACAUUGAUUUGCAAUGUCAGAGCUUUGAGAGAGGAGACAGCAAUGCCGCCUCAGCAAGCAAUAGUGUCGUACAAAGCGUCCAGUUGUCACCCAGACCCAGAAGGACUCCCCCAAAGUCCCCUGAGAUGGCUCCAAAGAAAGAAGAAGAGGUGAAAGAAAGCCAGACCAGUCCUUAUUUCAAAAAGAGCAACUCUCAGCAGGUGCCACGGGAGAUAAGCAGCAAGACUGUAGUUAGAACAAUUAACCUGGGAAGUCUUUCCUCUAAGUUAUCGAGGAAACAUCAUAAGACACCUGAGAGGAUGGUGACUGAGGAUAAACAUGCACCAACUCAUCCUGACAAGGAGGAAGAUCCUUCGGAGGCUCUUAACAGCUCACAGAAAGAAAAUCUUCUGGUUGAGACUUUAGAGGACAAAAGUGACUCUGUAACAGUCAUUGACCUGACGUCGUCCAGUCCUGAGACCCCAGCAGCAAAUCUGUCAUGUUUAGAAAAACCAUCUGAACCAAAGACUGUCCAAAAACCGGCUACUCUAAGUUUGCUCUCUUCUUCCUCCAAACUAGCAAAGAGAAAAAAAGCAACACCUUCUAAGUCUAAGGUCACAAAGAAAGCUAAAUAUGACAGAAGCAGCAGAGAGACAGAAACGGUGUCGUCAGGUGAAGCCACAGUAGAGACGCCUGAUAUAGACCGGUAUAAAACUGAGGAACCCUCUACCAUUACUCAUGACCCUCUUUUCAGUUCAGAGGAAACAUAUAAGAAGAAUGCUGCGUUGAUCAGCAGUGAGUUGCUGUCAGAGUCUGAUGCUGAGAAAACAGACAGCUCUCCUCCGCAACGACUGCCCUACUACCUACGCAAUUUCCAGACCGUCCUGCAUGCGGUGCUGGAGAACGAGGAUGACAGAGAGCUGUUCAACCAGGACGAUAUGUCACUUGUACAUGCAUUUGAGAAGCUCUCGGUCAAAGGGCAGAAGCUCUAUGUGAGACUGUUUCAGAGGAAACUGAAGUGGCUCCAAGUUAAUAAACUGGAUUAUGAAGAGAUAUGCAGUGAUUUGGGGCCUGUUGCUCAAGAGCUGGUUCAGGGUGGUUUUCUACAGACAGAGAAUGACCUUCAGGACCUAGGAGAGGCUCUGGAUCUCCUGCCAGCCCCUGAACUCAAAACUCUGGCUAAGACCUUCCAUCUGGGUAAUUCUGGUACACAGAAACAGCAGCUACUGGACGGGCUUCUCCGUCUGAGCAAGCAAAAGUCCUUCUUCUCUCCGACCUCUGCUCAAAACAACAUUGGGACUGUCAUCCUCAAAAGGGCGAAGCAGCUCGCAGGUUCCUGUGUGCGUCUGUGUCGCGGCCCUCGGGCUGUUUUCUCUCGCAUCCUUCUACUCUUUUCUCUGACGGACACAAUGGAUGAAGAGGAGACAGCAGGCGGUGGACAGAACCAGCUUUUCACCAUCCUGCUGGUCAACUCAGGACGUCUGGCCUUCCCAGACUACACAGUGCAGCGCAGAGCGAAGGUGUUUCAGGACAGAGAGGACCUUAUCAGAUAUGAAGCAUCCAUGCGAGCUCUGCAAGAGGUGAUCUCAGCUAUGCAGGCAGGCCAGUGGGACGAGGCGCUGGAGCUUUACACAGCUGCCAAAAAUGCCUGGCAAGAGUUAAGGCAAAACCAUGACCUCAGUCAUCAGAAAGAGCUGCCGGUGUUCCUACGCAGCUUCACCACAGGAUGGGCCUACACGCGUAUCUUAUCCAGAGGAGUGGAGAUCUUGCAGAGGCUACGUCAAUAUGAGGAAGCAGUUGAGGAGCUGCGGUCCUUAUUAUUGCAGUCAGUUUACUGUCCAGACAGCCGAGGGCGAUGGUGGGACAGACUCGCACUAAACCUUCAGCAGCACCUCAAAAAACCUGAACAAGCUAUUUGUGCUAUCAGAGACGGACUAUUAGACCCUCUGGUGCGAACAGGACAUAAGCUGUCCCUCCAUCAGAGAGCUGUUAGGAUGAAAGAGUCUGCUAGCUGCAAGAAGUACCGUCUACAACUCAGAGACCUGCCUACUAUCAAAGUCCAAGAUGUCAAACAUGUGACCAUCCGAGGACAGCUGUUUCCUCAUGAAUGGGGCAUGGGGAAAUCUCGGUUUCUUAUUCCAGCAAAUGGAGAAGGGGAAGAUAGUGCUAAUGCUAAUGUGAUAUGCUCUGUCGAAGAGCUCUCUUUAGCACAUUACCAGAAGCAAGGUUUUGAUCAAGGGAUCCAUGGAGAAGGCUCAACAUUUUCUACAUUGUUUGCUAUUCUGCUAUGGGACAUCAUUUUUAUGGAGGGAAUUCCAGAUGUUUUCCGAAAUCAGUACCAGACUUGUCCACUGGACCUUUACACUGACGUUUUCUAUGAGAACAGAAAAGAGGCGAUCGAUAACCGUGUACAGUUACUGAGUGAAGCUUCGGUGGAGACGCUGCAUAGCAUGUUGGAGGAUGUCUGGACCUCCCAGGAGGGUAAAGUGUGUUCAUUGGUCAGCUGGGAGCGUUUCUCCUCUCUUCAACAGGCUCAGUCUCUUGUUUCAUGCCUGGGUGGAGCCUUCUUAGGAGGAGUAAUAGCUCGGAUGGCAAAAGACUACAGGCACUGCCGUGGAGGUUUGCCUGACCUGGUGGUGUGGAACUCCUCCAACAACAGCUACAAGCUGGUGGAGGUGAAGGGGCCCAAUGACCGGCUGUCCCAGAAGCAACAGAUCUGGCUGGAUGAGCUGCAGAAACUGGGGGCUGAUGUGGAGGUGUGUCACGUGACGGCUACUGGAGCCAGAGGAGCUCGUCUGGAAUAAAGAAGAACUGACUGAUAAGACUGUGACACGAAUGAAUCAGAGUGUGAUAAAACAGAAUGGAAACAUCAGCAGAAAGAUUCUCGGAAGAAAUUAUUUGGGUUCUUUUUCUGAUUCUGGACAUGUAGAGACUAGAUGUUAUUGUUAGCAUCUAGCUUCUACAUAAUGGUGCCUAAAAAUUGCAUUUGUCUUCCUUAAGUCAUAAAUUAAGACCUAUUUUGUUAUUGGGAAUGUUUUGGAAAAUGCUGUGCCUUGUGAUAUUUAGCAUUACUUAUUAUCGGGUGAAACCACUGCUUCCAACAGGAAAAGGUGCAUCACGAGAUGAAGUUUAUCACUUAAAGCUGCCAGGAUCAGAAAUAGCUUCCUUACAGAUAAGGCAAGCUGCUUCAUGACAGGAAAAGGAUCCAACAACCACACAAAUCUGAUUGUGUUUCCUUUUCUUUGGCAAUAACAUAGUCCCAGGAUCUUUGGUUGCCAAGCAACGAAAACUCACAUUUUGUUGGCUGCUUUUGUAUGACAGCUCUACGAGUUUGUUAUGCAAGUACUUACUGUCCUGUCUAUAAAUGUGUGGUUUUGCUAUUACUUCACUGGAAGCAAAUCAACUGGAGAACAAGCAAUUUAAAAAACAAUAGGGCUGCAAUAAACGAUUGUUUUCAUUAUUGAAUAACCUGACCUUUAUUUUAGUCCACCAACUGAUUCAUCAUUUGGUCGAUAAAAUCUCAGGAAAUAGUGCAAAAUGCUCAUCACAAUUUCCCACAGAAGGACAGUAUCUCAUUGCUUGUUUGACCUGACAAAUAGUUCAAAACCCAAUGUUUUUUUUACUACAACAAAGAAAAUCAGAAAAUCCUCACAAUUUAGAAGAUGUGGAAUUCCAGCGACUGAUUAAUUGAUAAAAGAAAAUGUUUUUAAUGCAAAAAUUUGACUUGUCAAUAGCAAAUAAUUCAUGUUUUAUUGAGGAGUAUGUAAAAGCUACUACUGAACUGUAUUAAAUGUAUAUAAAGGGUUGUGGACAGUGAAAUA